AUGAAAUACGAUAAUAAACAUUUACUUUUGUUGGCACUCACCACGGUGGCUGUAUUAGCCGUUAGCCAUGGCCAAAUUAGCACACCAUGUACUAACUCCAUCAUAAAAAACUUCACUCCCUGCCUAAAUUUCAUCACGGGAAGUAGUUCUAACGGCGGUUCUCCGACGACGGGCUGUUGCGAGGCGCUCAAGUCUAUGAUGACCGACAGUGUGGAUUGUGCAUGUCUCAUUAUCACCGGGAAUGUCCCCAUUCCUCUUCCUAUUAAUAGAACACUUGCCAUUUCUCUUCCUAGUAUUUGUCAAUAUGUUGGGACCGUUCCCAUUCAAUGUCACGCCACCGCAAUUUCUAUUCCAGCUCCAGGACCUAUAUUGUUUGGACCAAGUUCAUCGGCUAAAAGACCAGGGCCAGCACCGGUGCAGGCACCGACAGAUCAUCUUUUACCUCCCAUGCCGCCACCGCUUACUUCUCCUUCUCCCAAAGCCUCAAAGGCAGUAGUAUCUUCUGCUAAGGUGGCACCUACGCCAGCCACGUCAUCAUCGGAAGCAGAGACGCGUCCUCCAUUGCUAACUCCGAAGGUCAGCGUGGUGAGGCCAAAUACCGCAUCUUCACCUCGAUCAGGCAACCUCUCGCCGGUGACAAUGAUCCUCCUGCCGUUUGUGGGUACAAUGUUGUUUUUGAGGAAUUUGUAA